AUGCGUGAAUGUAUUUCAAUUCAUACUGGUCAAGCUGGAGUUCAAAUUGGUAAUGCAUGCUGGGAAUUAUAUUGUUUAGAACAUGGUAUACAACCAGAUGGACAAAUGCCAUCAGAUAAAACUGUCGGUGGCGGUGAUGAUUCAUUUAAUACAUUUUUUAGUGAAACCGGUGCUGGUAAACAUGUUCCGAGAGCUGUAUUCGUUGAUUUAGAACCAACUGUUGUCGAUGAAGUACGUACUGGAACAUAUCGUCAAUUAUUUCAUCCAGAACAAUUGAUAACUGGUAAAGAAGAUGCAGCUAACAAUUAUGCACGCGGUCAUUAUACAAUUGGUAAAGAAAUUGUUGAUCUUGUAUUAGAUCGUAUCCGAAAAUUAGCUGAUCAAUGCACCGGUUUACAAGGUUUUUUAAUAUUUCAUUCAUUUGGUGGUGGUACUGGUUCUGGUUUUGCAUCAUUAUUAAUGGAACGUCUUUCAGUGGAUUAUGGUAAAAAGUCAAAAUUAGAAUUUGCAGUAUAUCCAGCUCCACAAAUAUCAACAGCUGUUGUUGAACCAUAUAAUUCAGUAUUAGCAACACAUACAACAUUAGAACAUUCUGAUGCAGCAUUUAUGGUUGAUAAUGAAGCAAUUUAUGAUAUUUGCCGUCGAAAUUUAGAUAUAGAAAGGCCAACGUAUACUAAUUUGAAUAGAUUAAUUGGACAAAUUGUUUCUUCUAUAACAGCAUCAUUACGUUUUGAUGGUGCAUUAAAUGUUGAUUUAACUGAAUUUCAAACAAAUUUAGUUCCAUAUCCAAGAAUUCAUUUUCCAUUAGUAACAUAUGCACCGGUAAUAUCAGCUGAAAAAGCUUAUCAUGAACAAUUAACUGUUUCUGAAAUAACAAAUGCAUGUUUUGAACCAGCAAAUCAAAUGGUUAAAUGUGAUCCAAGACAUGGUAAAUAUAUGGCAUGUUGUAUGUUAUAUCGAGGUGAUGUUGUACCAAAAGAUGUUAAUGCUGCUAUCAGUACAAUUAAAACAAAAAGAUCAAUUCAAUUUGUUGAUUGGUGUCCGACUGGUUUUAAAGUUGGUAUUAAUUAUCAACCACCAACAGUUGUUCCUGGCGGAGAUUUAGCUAAAGUUCAAAGGGCUGUUUGUAUGUUAGCAAAUACUACUGCUAUAGCAGAAGCAUGGGCUCGCCUCGAUCAUAAAUUUGAUUUAAUGUAUACGAAACGUGCUUUCGUUCAUUGGUAUGUUGGUGAAGGUAUGGAAGAAGGUGAAUUUUCUGAAGCACGUGAAGAUUUGGCUGCAUUAGAAAAAGAUUAUGAAGAAGUUGGAAUGGAUUCUGGUGAUGGUGAAGGUGAAGGAGCCGAAGAAUAUUAA